UUUUUUUUUUUGCUUGUUUUGUUUGGUGCUCAGCCUGAAAUGCAGAUCGCGUCGUGGAUUGCCGCUGCAGUGGCGCUCCGGCUCGGACUGCUGAUGCUGCUGCCAAGUCCACUGCUGUCGUACAUCCAAGACCCUCAGCGCUAUGAGCUGGUGACGCCACUGACGAGCCAUCGUCGCUUGCUCGAGGGAUUGCAUUUGAUGGAGCAAGGCGCAUCGCCGUACAGCGGGGAUCUCGUGCACCAUGCGCCGCUCGUCCUGUCGCUCGUGCAAUCCGUGUCAAAACAGCUCAAGGUUGGGCCAGUCGCACAAGUCAGUGCCGCCAUCACUGCUACUGCCACCAGCAUGGCGCCAGAGACGCAGCACGUUCGAUGGGCCGUCAUUUUGCUCACCUUGGUGUCGGAUGUGCUGGCCGGACUGGCGCUCGCUGGAGUCGCUCGGUACUCUGUGCGGUGGUUGGAUGGCUCGCGUCUCAAGAACAACCAGAACAAGCCGGAGGCAUCCGCAGCAACGUCCUCUUUGUUCGCUGUGACUGAAAAGGACGCAGACGACGCGGCGCAGACGACUUUGCUGGUCUGGCUCUUCAACCCAUUCUCCAUACUUUGCUUUUUGGCGCACUCCACGGCGUCCUGGGACGCAUUCUUGAUUGCAUCUGCCUUGUAUUUCGCAGUCAAGCAGCAUUCAGCGUUGGCUGCGCUCUUUUGCGUGCUGGCUGGAUACUCGUCGCUCUAUCCGAUCGCACUCGUUGCGCCGCUUGCGCUCGCGAUCGCUAGUCACCCACCUGUGCUCCAGCUUCACUCUGCACCGUCGUCCGCACUGGCUGCAGUGAACAGCGUGCAGGCUCCAUCUGAUGUUUCAACAUGGCGCGUCGUCGUGUUUGGCUUUUGGGUCGUAGCUUGGACCCUUGUUGUGGCGCUGGCUUCCUACCUCUACAUUGACUCUUGGGACUUUGUGGAUGCGGUCUUUGGCUUUAUCAUCCAAGUUCCAGAUCUCACUCCCAACAUCGGACUGAUGUGGUACUUUUUCACCGAGAUCUUUAUGCACUUUCGACCGUUUUUCGCUUGGGUCUUCCAGCUGCAUGUGUUUAUUUACGUGUUUCCUUUGUCGGUGCAGUUUCGACGACAUCCGCCACUUCUUGCUUUCGCUAUCGUCACAAUCAUUACCGUGUUCAAGUCCUAUCCCUCGAUGGGCGACUUGGCACUUGUGUUUUCCAUGCUCUGCAUGUUCCCACAGCUCAAUCCAUACUUGCGGUUCCGAUUCGUUGUUGGCGGCAUUUUGACCUUCACCACCAUUCUCGGGCCAGUUUUCUUCCACCAAUGGCUGGUCGGCUCGAAUGGCAACGCCAACUUUCCGUAUGGCGUUACUCUGGCACACGCCUUUGCAGUCACGGCCCUGGCACUCGACUAUUGCUUGGCAUACCUGCGAAGAGAGUAUGAUAUUAUCCAUGGCAUCGCCGUACCUGACGGUGCGACGGUUGUGAUGCAAUGACCUUGCUGUUCUGUACAGCGAGAAAAAAAAAAACAACAACAACAAAAAACAACGCUCGAUUUCUC